AUGUCCAAAGACAGUGAGCUGCGAAGACAAAUUGAAAAUAUUGUGAAAGGGUACAAACCACAGACACCUGUCAAACUGGCUAUUGAGGCUGCCAAAGGAAUUUACAAAUCACCUUUCACUAAUGAUAUUCUGAAGGCUAAGAAGCCCGUAAAGUUUACUCAACCCAAAUUCAAGUUAUUCAAAGGCGUUGCUGACCCCAUCCUGUACAUCUAUCACUUUCAACAGCAAAUGGUCCUUGAAAGCGAAGAUGAAGCGUUGUUGACAUGGUUCAGGCAGUUGAAGCCAAAGUCCAUCGACAGCUUCACUGAGCUUUGCGAGGCUUUCAUAUCCCAAUAUGUGUGCAAUCAAAGGAGAAAGAAAGACAUCACAUCGUUGUCAACACAAAGCAGAAGGCAUCUGAAAGUCUCAAAGAUUAUCUAA